CGUGCGGUCUACCGGAAUGAUAGACGAAUAAGUCAAAAACAAACCUACAUGUGGACGGACUACAGUUCAAAUAUAAAAAUUACAAACUAAAUACGCUUUUUAAAAGUAAAAAUGGACGAAGAGCAAACGGCCGGGUACAGGGAGCCCUGUGGUGUGUGUUCAGCGGUGGAUUGGGGCGUUUCAGACGAGGGGCGUUUCUACUGCAGAUCCUGCCACAACGUCAUCGAAGAACCAGAGAGGUGGUGGACCCAACUUCACCCGGCUCAUCCCGGAUCUCCACCAUCGGCAGAGGGGACACAAAACCAAGAGGAACCCGAGCGCGGGCGUCAGUGGGUGAUCUGCGAGGCUUUCCAGUUCAUCCUGAGAAACCAGGCCAACGCUCUGCUCAAACUGGGAGUCCGUCCAACGUUCAGGGAUGAAGUGCUGUGUCAGCUUUGGAGAAUCUACCUGCAGAAGAGUCGACAGGCGUACACCAACAACCCAGUGAGGACCUCCACAUUUAAAGUGCGAGGCCAGGACUCUGACUCUGACAGUGCAGCCGAGAUGUCUGUCAUCUCAGCCAGCGAGACGGACGGAGACACGAACGCGUCCAGCACCGCCGGCUCCAUUGCAGGGAGCUCCAGUGAUUGGUCGCAGUAUUCGGGUUCUCUGGACGCCGCCAGCUACCUGUCGGCCCGGCUGAGACGCUGCCGCCACGGUCUCAUGACCAUGAAGAAGACUCUGGCGUUGCUCCACCUCGCUCUGGUCUGGAUCCGCGAGCCGCUGACGCUCAGCGACCUGCUCAGGUUGGUGAACGAGGGACACGUCCCGUACGUUAACGCCUACGAGGCACUUCCUGACGAGAUGAAGCUGGAAGGGAAAGACGCUCUCAUCUUCAGAGUCGAGAGCGUCCCGUCCCACCGGGCGGUGCAUAAGGAGGCUCAGACUCUGAUUCUGUUCCUGCAGCUUCCUGCUUUUCCUCCAAUCAGCCAGCAGAGUCUGCUGCACCCGGCCCUGCUCAGCCUGCGCUACCUGAUGGACGCCAAUCUGCCCGACGAUCUCCACCCUUGGGUCUGCCGGCUGAUGGAGCGCGCCGGGAUGGCGGAUGGAGCGCUCCACACGUUCAACCGCCUGUCCCUGCCCGUCCUGCCGCUCUACGAUGUCCAGGCCGCUGCGCUCGUCAUCGUCACCAUGAAGCUCGUCUUCGGCCUCGACGACCACACAGAAUGGGAUUUAUCUAAUGACGCAGCCGACCAGGACGACACAGGAAACCUGUUCAGCGUGCGGCGGUGGUUCAGACUCGUGCAGACCGCCCUGAUCUCAGCGCAGCGGAGGAGAGAACAACACGUCGCCAGGAAUACAGUGGACCCAAGAAACUUCUUCUAACCCAAACAGCAAGAAGUACAAUGUGGGUGUGAAGAGGUAAAGAAUAGAGAGCAGCUGCAGACCUGUUUUGAGAAGCUGUCGUCCCGCCCCGCGGGCGCCCGAGCGGGACGCCCCGUCCAGCUUCCGGUUCUGUUGGGGCGACGGGGACGGAGCGGACGGUCCCAGCCUGCAGCAGCAGAAGCUGGACGGAGCCAUGACUCUGCAGCAGGACGUCCUGACGCCGUCCAACCCAACGUACUGGCACCCGCCGCUCCGAGCCUGCAAGAUCCGGAGGUGUCGCAGUCACUACUCGGUGGUGGAGGAGACGCUGCCGCGGUCCUUCGUCUGGCUGCUGCAUCUCUUCAGCUUCCUGCUGGACGUCACGGCCGCGAGUCUCUACGAGGAGACGCUGCGGGUGGAAAGACGCCUCGCAGGACGCAGGAAGAACAGGAGGAGAAACAGAGAGGAGGAGAGAGGAAGAGGAGGAGAAACAGAGAGGAAGAACAGGAGGAGGAACGGAGAGAACAGAGAGGAAGAGGAG